AACUGUGUCAGUGACGUGACAAAAAGUAUCAUUUUACCGUUAUCGAAAGUAUACAUGUGGCUAUGUGGCACAUGCAUAUAACACUGUUAGUAACAAAGUAAUAAAAUUGUAAACAUCUAGUUGUUAAACAAAUAGAUGAAAAAAAUAGAUAUUAAUUUUAACUCUGCAGCAUAUUAAUUGUUUUUCAUUCAAGUUGAUAGUAUACAAAAAGAAUGUUUAUGGAAAAUAGCUGUAACAGAUCCACAUUAAAACUAUUAACUUUAAAAUGGUAUUUUUGUAUAAUACUCUUUCGAUAAUUCAUUGAAAAGAAACCUAAGAAACGUUUUCGCUGUGAAAAUAGUUAGAAAUUGAAAAUGCAGUUCCCUUUAUUCAGUUUUAUAGUGUCAGGAGUGUUUUUAGGAUAUAUUUGUUAUUCUAUUUAUACAGUAUCAUUGUUAUUUACUCCACCAAAAUGUUUAAAAUCAAACAAUUGUAUUACAUCAUAUUUGGCAGAUCAGCCAAAAUUACAAUUAAGCUUAUUUAUGUCUUCAAUGAGACGUCCUUUGAAGUCUGAAAUUUCUAAAAUCUACAUGGAUAAAGAUUUUGAUUACAAAAAUGAACAAAACAUUCCAUUAGUAAUAGAUGUACCUUAUAAAACAAGACAAAAUGGUACAUUAUUUUUACAUGUUUUGUUAUCACCGAAAUCAUUAAAAAUGGAUGAAUCUUUCAAUGCAGUAAAAGAAGAUGUCUAUACAGUAUAUAAAAUAAUUAAAAUGACAGAGUAUGCAGUUCCUCAAGCAAAAACAUUCAAUUUAUUAGGUGAAGAUGAAGAUAAUGAUAAAACAAUGAAAAAGAGACCAACUUCUAAGCCAGUUUCACACAUGAAAAGUAAAAUUACUUUUACAAUAAUGACAGAUAAUAUUCAACUUCCAAGAAAUAAUAUUCCUUUUGAACUGCUUUACGAUAUAAAAAUAAGUCCUCAAAAGACAUUUUUACCACUUUUGAAUUACAACUUUUUAUACACAAGAUAUAGAGAUUUAAAAAGAAUUACUCUAAAAACCCAUGAAAUGAAUGUAACUGUACAAUACACUCCUAUCUCAUUUGGAAAAUUAAGAUUAAUUUUGCAUGUUGAGGCUGCAAUGCAAAGUUUUAAGCAAUUAGGUUUUACUGAUAAAGAUAUUGAUGAAGUCAAAGGCAUCUUUGCAGAUACCAAUUUGUAUCUUUUAGCUGGAACUGUGUUCAUUUCAGCAAUGCAUUUGCUGUUUGACUUCCUUGCUUUCAAAAAUGAUAUUAGUUUCUGGAGAAGGAAAAAUAAUUUAGCAGGUCUUAGUACACAAACCGUACUUUGGCGUGCCUUUAGUCAAGCUGUGAUAUUUCUCUAUUUAUUAGAUGAAGAUUCUUCAUUGUUAGUUUUGAUACCUGCUGGUAUUGGAACUAUUAUUGAACUUUGGAAAGUGAAAAAGAUUUUACGAGCUAGAUUUAUUUGGUCUGAAAGUAUUGUUCCUAAAAUAAAAUUUGACUGGAGUCAAUGCACAUCAGCGGAAACUAAAACAAGAGAAUUUGAUGCUGAAUGUAUGAAAUAUUUUAGUUAUUUACUUUAUCCUCUAGUGGGUCUUGGUGCAAUUUAUUCUCUUCUAUAUUUGCCUCACAAGAGCUGGUAUUCAUGGUGCAUUCAUUCUAUGGCCAAUGGCGUAUAUGCAUUUGGGUUUCUUUUCAUGCUUCCACAGUUAUUUGUUAAUUACAAACUGAAAUCGAUUGCACAUUUACCUUGGCGAUCAUUCAUGUAUAAGGCAUUUAAUACCUUUAUAGAUGAUGUGUUUGCAUUUAUUAUUACUAUGCCAGUGGCACAUAGAGUGGCUUGCUUUAGGGAUGAUGCUGUUUUUCUCGUUUAUCUUUAUCAGAGAUGGUUGUAUCCAGUUGAUAAGAGUCGCAUAGAUUCUUCAACAAUUGAUGAGGUUCCCAGUGCAAUCAACAGUGAGCAAAACAAAAAAAAAAAUUAAAAUGAAAAUCAAUUCAAAAUACGUAAUUCAAAAUAUUUUCAAGACAUUAUUGUGUUAUUGCUUAUAAAUUCAUAAUUUUAUAUGAUUUUUAAUGUAUGUUGUUUUUCUAAAUAAUCUAUUGUAAA